AAACUGCGUGCAGAUGGUGCUAGCAAUGCUCACCGUUGCCAACCUAACACAGUAAAAAACGCAUGAAAAAUGCAAGCGAUUGGCUGUAUGUACCGACAUUGACAAACCACACAAAGUUAAAACUAAUAUUAAUGAAGUACAGAUUAAAACAUUCUUUUUUUUUGCCGUAAAUCGUGAAAAUUUGAUGAAAUAAACAUUUUGGUUGGAGGCAAACGAUUAGUAUUUGUGUUAAUAAUAGAAUCACAAUAAAAUCUACCGAAUUGAAUUGACCGUAAAUGGAUUAGACGAGUUUGAAAUUUCACUCAUUAAUAACAAAUAGUUUUGUAAUGGCCGAUUUGGACGCUGUGAAUCUUGGUCUGGAUGAAACUGAAGUUGACAUGACGGAAGGUAUGCACGAAUUAGAAGAAACAUUCGAUACACGCAGUGAGGCAUCUGGAAAUUCAUCCAGCUCGUCGUCGGGUAGCCCAAGCAUCAGUUCAGUUAGCACCCGAUCAUCAAAAAGUGCAAAAGUACGCCGAUCGCAUUUGAACCGUGAACGAACUGCAAACAAAAAAUCAAAUAGUCCGAGCCCAGACAAUGCAAAAAAGCAACAGAAACAGAAUUCCAAUCAUCAGAAAAAGAGCGAAAAGAGCAACAAUAAUUCGACCAAAUCAUAUGAUUAUAUCACGAAAAUCAAUUACUUAUUUAGGGAGACAAGAUUUUUUGUUAUUAAAUCAAAUAAUGCUGAAAAUGUGAGUUUAUCAAAGUCAAAGGGUGUUUGGUCAACAUUACCACAGAACGAAGCAACGUUGAAUCAAGCGUUCAAAGAAAAUCGCAAUGUCAUCCUGAUCUUUUCUGUGAAAGAAAGUGGGAAAUUCGCUGGCUUUGCCCGAAUGGUUGGCGAAUCAAGACGAGAUGUUCCGGCUGUGUCAUGGGUAUUGCCUCCAGGUAUAUCGGCAAAAGCUCUCGGUGGAGUCAUUGAAGUCGACUGGGUUUGUAAGAAGGAGCUAUCAUUUACAUCCACUGGACACUUAUUUAAUCCGUGGAACGAGGGAAAACCAGUGAAAAUUGGUCGAGACGGACAGGAAAUUGAGCCAAAAGUUGGUGCUGAGUUAUGUCGCCUAUUUGAAGAAGAUGAAUCCAUUGAUUUGACACCGAUACUGAAAAAGUCCAAGGAAUCGGCUCGUAUUUUGCGCGAAAAAGGUGUAAAACCUGCCUUCAAAAUUGCUCCAAUUCGACCCAGUUCGAUUGGAAACGGAAGUGGUAUUUUACAAAGAAACCGCGGCAUCGCCAGUAUUCGUGGCCGAAAGAAGCUGUUUGGCUUAACCACUCGUAGCAAACUGAACAGUGUGGCCAAUUCAAGUAUAUUCAAGCGUUCAGCAUCACCAUAUGUUAAACGUGAUCGUUCUCAUCAUUAUGAGCGGUACAGCUCAACAGCAGCAGCCGAAGCAUAUGUCGCUGAUUAUAUGCGUACUAUGCAACAUCAGCUCCCACCAAUGCCAUACGCACCCCCGCCUGGCUUUGCAUCAAUGAUGCAAUCACCUUAUGAAGCUUUGCCCCCGCCACCACCACGGUAUUAUGAUAUUCCAUCGUUGGGAGAGUAUCCUCCGCAGUUACCAACUAUUCCAUCACGGUCAUCAAAUUCUCGUCCAUACGACCGCGACGAAUUAUAUAGAAAACUUGUUCCACCCCCGAUCUAUUCACGUGAUUAUCACCAUUCGUCGACAUCAUCGACACGGGAAAGAGAUCGACGGGACGACCGGAGUCAUCGAAACCGAAAUAGCAGGCGAUGAUAAUCUCACACAGUCAUUCAAAAAAAUAUUCUCGCACCGCAAGAAUGUAAUAGGUGAUGAUAAUACAACAGAAACGAAAACCAAUCGUCUCAAUACAACACUACCGAAUGACAUAGUUUUCAUUUUUAUAAACAUUUCUUCAGCAGGGAAAAUACUUAUUGAUAUUUCCACAUAAAGAUUAUCAUGUUAAACAAGAUUAUUCCUCUGAAAGAUAUACUUCUUUGAUAGCCUAAAAAUAAAAGUUGUACCGCUAAUAAGUCGAAGUAAAGCUCCAAAAAAAUCGAUGAACUAAUAAAUUAAAGAAGAAAUUAUAACAACCGAAUGAAAACAAAAACGGUUGUAUGUAUACAACUUUAAAUUACGGUUUACAUUUACAAGCCACAACACAAAUUGAGAAUGUGAGAGAAUUAGCAGUAAUAAGUUCAAGUUGUAUGCAACUCGCUGAUUGUGAUGUCAACAAAAGUAAAAAAACACAACAUGAAUCAUUCGUUUAUUAAAUUAAUUUAAAUAAAAAUAAGAGAAAAGAAGAAAAUGAUAAGGAAUCGCAUGGAAGAUAAAUCAUCAAAUAAUCUUUAAAUUGUUCAUAAUAAUUUAGUCCAUAUUUUUGUAUUUUCAAGAAUGAGUUUUGUUUUGAAAUUGUCUUCUCAUCUAAACAGCAACACUCUUUUUGGAAAUAAAUUGAAACUCUGAACAAAACGUAUCGUUUGAUUCACUAUUCAUGUAGAAAUUCGGAAGAUCAUUUCAAAAUAGAGCUCAUCGUUUGAUUUUCAUGAAUAAAGAAAUCGUUAGAAGAUGA